GAACUCCAGCAGCUUAGCAAGGAAUACAGCAAUAUCAAGCUCCUCCAACUGGAUGUGGUCUGUGAAAACAGCAUCAAGAAAGUAGUCAAGGAAGUGGAAGAAAUUGUGGGAGACAAAGGUCUGAACUGCCUCAUUAACAACGCUGGCAUCAAUGUGCUUGCUUCCUUGGAAGAAGUCACAGCAGAGACAAUGCUCACCACUUAUGAAACCAAUACAGUUGCCCAGCUGAUGGUCACCAAGGCGUUUCUACCCCUUCUGAGGAAGGCAGCCCAGCUCAGCACAGGAAUGGGCUGCCAUAGAGCUGCUAUUAUCAACAUGUCCUCUCUUGCUGCCUCCAUGCAACUUGUCCAGGCAAAUGAGAUGUUCCUCAAGGUCUAUCCCUACAGGAUAGCGAAGACUGCACUGAACAUGAUCACCAGGUGUCUUGCUGCAGACUUGAAAUCGGAUGGAAUUCUCUGCAUUUCUUUACAUCCAGGCUGGCUUCAGACAGACAUGGGUGGAAACAUGGCUCCCAUGCAGGUGCAAGAGGCUAUCCCAGGUAUUCUCUCUGUUCUGGAUCGUCUUGGUGAAAAAGAAAAUGGUUCCUUCCUGGACUGGCAAGGGGAAACUCUACCGUGGUAGAAGAGCACACUCUGCUACAGAAACAGCGUGUCAGUCACUUGUCUAACGUGUGCCACUAAUGUCUGUGUCUCUAGGAUUUUCUUA